AACAUGUCAUUCGCAAAGGUCGGCAACGCUCGGAACGCUCAGACAUCCACUUCUGGCGAGGCUUUGCGACUGACGCACCAACAGUUCGCCGCGGCCGGCCCUGAGCCAUCGAUCGUACACAAUCCGAAUCUCAAUGCGGACAGCGCACAGGAGCUUGAAAUGACGCCUCAAGCACCACACAGCGGAAUUGUCGCAGUCCCUCAUUUGAAUGGUGUAGCCGCACCACCGCCUACCGCAAAACACAAGAAGCUGGUGGAGCUUGCGCAGAGAGGGUCGAAGGACAUUUGUGACUCGAACACAAACGGCGUGCACGCGCGCAAGGCGUCCCCGCACCGAUCGGGAGAUGC